UACGCUUGCGCAGUGUGAAGAUAAUGCAUUUUCGCUUUAGCGUUUUAGCCGUAGUACGGGCUACUCAGUUUGUGUACAAACUACACUUUAACGUGUCGUCUAAAAUUUUAAACAGCGGAUUCAAGUUGCAUUGUUGUUGAAUUUGUUCUCCAUCAUGCCGAGAGGCGGGAAAAAGGGCCAUAAGGGCAGAGGGAAGCAAUUCAGCAAUCCCGAGGAAAUUGAUCGACAGAUGAAAGCCCAGAGAGAACUGGAAGCAAAUGCAGGUGUGGAAAAAGAAAGCGGUUCUGAGUCUGAAGAGGAGAGUAGCAGCGAGGAAGAGUCUGAGUCAAAGAAGAGGAGUGGCGUGGAGGGGCUAAUAGAAAUUAGUAAUCCCAACCGGAUUUCUCAGAAAAGCAAGAAAGUCACCGAAUUAGACGUCGACGCUCCUCGAGAGCUGUCUCGCAGAGAGAGGGAGGAAAUCGAGAAGCAGAAAUCCAAGGAACGCUACAUGAAGCUUCAUCUUGAAGGCAAGACGGAACAGGCCAGAGCGGACCUGGCCCGACUCGCCAUUAUCAAGAAACAGAGGGAGGAAGCCGCCAAAAAACGAGAUGAACUCAGGAAAGAUGCCGAGGAGGCCAAAGCAAAGCGUUAGUCUUCUCCGAAAGAACUUCAACAUGCACAUCGGUCUCAGAGGAACGAACACAUUGGAAAGCGUCAGAACACGGCCGUCCCAUCCAAGCGGAAGGGUGGCGUUCUCCGUGCAGAUAAAAUAACAGGUGAAAUCCAGGAAUGAAGAGAAACGCAACAUUUGGGAUCUUUUCCGCAGGUUUUCCAAGUGUUCACGACCGCUCUUUAUACUCUUAAGCCAUCUUCAUUAUUUUUUUUUAUGUUGCUCAUCAUUUGCAUUUCUUUUUAAUUCACGUUGUCGGGACUCAAAACAGCAGGGAGCCAACGCGAAGAAGUCUCGGCGCUUUCCGUUUUUCUUCCGCCUGACUCGCCAAUAAUCGAAGAAAAGGAUGCAUAUUUGGAAUAACGUGUUUUCAUUCGCUCAUGACAAGUUUAUAAAGUGGACAUUUCUUGUAAUGCCUAAAAGCAGAAGGACUAUUACUUGAACUACUUUUUGAUCAGCUGUGUUUGCUUGUUUUUUUUUUUGUUUUUUUUAAAUAUAUAAUUAUCGAAACACAUCUUUGUAAGCCUUGCAUCAAAGUGACCUUGUUGCGGUUCUGCUGGGAUUUUUCAGAUUUUUUUGUUUUGUUUUUUUUUGUUGCCUUCAUACUUUACCAAAUACCGCCUCACUGACUUUUUUAAUAUACAACAUUCCGCUUUAAAAAAAAAAAAAAUUGUUUUUUCAAACGCCAGACUUCCCUCACUUGUAUUUUCUCAUUUAACAAGGAAAAACAUCCAGCGCAAACAAUGUUUACAGAACACUAAUUGUUUGUUUUGGCUAUGUAAAAUCCAGUAUGGCACACUCAUAUUAAACAAAAAAAAUUACCAACUGUCUAGCUAAACAAGCUGCGGCAUAGAAACGAGUUCCUCAAGUUUUCCCUCAUGUGUUUGAAGUCAUUUAAUAAAGAAAUUGAUUCAUACCAUUGUAAACGUCA